AUGAGUUCUUUCAUAACAAUUUAUCUUAAACGUGAAACAACUGAUCAAUCAUGGGGUUUUUGUCUUCAAGGUGGAAGUAAUUAUUCUAUUCCAUUAUCAAUUCAACUAGUUAAUCCAAAUACUCUAGCGUAUAGAAAUGGUUUAAACACAGGAGACUAUGUCAUAUCAAUCAAUGGUAGAAAUGUAACGAAUGUUACUUAUGAAGAAGCUAAAAUGGAAAUAACACGUUCUGGUAAUGAACUUGAAAUAACUAUCAUCAAACCUGCAAUUAAUCAACAAUCCGUACGAGCUGCUCGAUCAUUAUCGUAUACGAAAGUUGGUUCUGUACAUCCGAAGUCCGUUUCGCAAAUUAUUAAACCACAUUUCAGUAAUGGUUCUAAUCGAGAAAUAACGUCAUGGAAUGCACGAAAUGGCGCAAAAAUUAUUUCACAAGUAGUACAAUCAAACAACUGUCGAUCUAAUAAUUACAUACAAAAAACUGUUGGUCCUUUGCGUUCAAGAGUUCCGAGUUAUGAAUCAUUAGCAGCGUAUAAUCGAGAUUCAUAUCAACAGGAAAUAUGGAAACCAAACACAUAUCAUGAUAAUUCACAAGUACCAGGUCGUCAUAUUGGUACAGCUGUUUAUCAUGCUCAAUAUAAUUCUCCAAUAGGACUCUAUAGUGAUGAUAAAGUUUUAGAAGCAUUUAAAGCACAAACAAGAGAUUUAUUUGAUAAAAUAAAAGGAAAUAAUUCUGUUCAAUCAUCAGUCAAUAAUAAUAACGAGACUUUUUAUAAUCAAUUAUCACCAACAUAUCAAGCAGUAAUGAAUAAUGAACAACGAAAAUCCAUUCAUUAUUCAUUGAAAGGAAAAUUUUCUGGUUCAUUACAAAGUCUAAAACAAGAUAUAUAUUCUGUACAAAAUAUAAGAAACUCGAUUUAUGAUCAACAACAAUUAUAA